CAAAAUGGCGUCUUUCACGAGAUAGGUACAUCCGCCGCAUACGGUAGUGCGAUAAAAAUAAUCGUGAUAUCUAAAAUUUCAUGUGCGAAUUUAAACUGUUUGUGAACUUUAUAAAGUGUUUGUGCUAAAUUACUAACAAAGUGCAGUUUGGAAUUUAUUAUCAUCAGUUUUCUCAAGUUUCUACAAGACGCAAGCAGCGGUGGUAGCAUAAUGUAUCAAGGCGGGUGAGACGCUAGCGCGUCGGUCACGGCGCGUACGCAGACAUGUCGUUCUUCAAUAAUCUUAAGAAGGUGCUACACCUCGGCGGUGGAAAUGACGCGAAAAAGAAAAAAGUUUUCAGCAACAUUAGGGAUAAUAGCGAUCCAAAUGAACAUUGGGACAUGAUUGGGGAGUUGGGCGAUGGCGCCUUUGGAAAGGUGUACAAAGCCCAGCAUAAAACUACAGCCCAAUUGGCCGCUGCCAAAAUGUGUGUGUUGGACAAUGAGGACGAUUUGGCAGACUUUACAGUGGAGAUUGACAUUUUGACUGAAUGCAGACACCCGAAUGUCGUGGAACUGCAUGAAGCGUACUUCAUUGACAAUAAGCUAUGGAUGCUCCUCGAAUACUGCGACGGUGGCGCCCUCGACUCGGUGAUGGCGGAAUUGGAGAAGGGGCUCAACGAAUCGCAGAUUGCCUACGUCUGUCGCGAGAUGUGUAAAGGAUUGGAGUUUCUGCACUCCAUGAAGGUCAUCCAUCGGGAUCUGAAGGCUGGAAAUGUCCUGGCCACGAUGACUGGUGGUGUUAAAUUGGCGGACUUCGGUGUGUCAGCGAAGAACAAGUCGACACUGCAGAAGCACGAUACGUUCAUCGGAACACCUUAUUGGAUGGCGCCUGAAGUCGUCCUCUGCGAGACGUUUAGGGACCAUCCCUAUGACUUUAAGGUGGACAUUUGGUCGCUCGGCAUCACACUGAUCGAGUUCGCUCAAAUAGAGCCCCCGAAUCACGAGAUGACUCCGAUGCGAGUGCUGCUGAAGAUCCAGAAGAGUGAUCCUCCGACACUUGAACAGCCUUCGAGGUGGUCGAAGCAUUUCAAUGAUUUUAUAUCCAAAGCGCUUGUUAAGGACCCAGAAAAGCGUCCAACAUCAACGGAACUUCUGAAGCACGAGUUCGUCAGUGGAAAUCUCGACUCGAAAUCUCUGAGGGAUCUCUUACUCGAGUACAGAGCUGAGGUGGUCGAAGAAGAGCUGUUGGAUGAUGAUUCCGAGGAACAUCGCAGCUCUCAAAUGCAGAUGGAGAUCGAAGAUGACUCAACAUCUGUCCGGUCGGGCGAGACGCCGGACAUAAAGAUGUCGGAACAAGAGGCGUCCGCCCCCCGCGCAGCCGCCGCGGCCCCGCCCCGCUCCCCUCGUGCCGCUUCGCCCGCGCCUCUUCCGCCCUCGCAGCCAGCCAAGAGGCCGCACGACGACGCGGACAUCGAUCAUCGGCACGCUGACAGGAAACCGCCCGCCCCAAAGAAAGAAAAAGGCCCUGCGCCCCCUCCCCCUGCGCUGUCAGCGACCCCGCCGACCCCAACAACACCCAUUACCCCAAUACAGUCACCGUCGACCCCCACGCAAACUUCCAUACCUCCAGCCCCCACACAACCUGUUCAAUCAACGACACCAGUCACACAAUCUACACAGAGUACCCCAACACAAUCACCUACCCCUCUACAGACGCCAACGACCCCCACGACCCCCACUCCAGAAACGGCGCCUUUGACCCCCUCACAGGCCGCUACGCGUGGGGGCCGCAAACAGCCCGCGCCGCCCCCUCCCGCCCCCACUCCCGCCAGUCCCACUACCGCUGGCAAGUUUAUUGUGGACCAGGUGUGUCGAGAAGCAGAACAGGCGGUAGAAAAACAAUCGAUAAAUCCAGAGGUGCAGUUAGUAGAUACAAAACCAAAGCCAGAUAGACCCGAACUGACAGAAAACGAAGCUGUCAGUGUCACUGUCAAACAUGACGUUAAUAGAAAUAGCACGGAAAUUGACAGGAAUAAUGUCAAAAUUGACGCCAAGACAGACGAUAAGAUAAACGACAGAAACACAGAUGUUAAAACGGAAAUUAAAAGCAUAGACGAUUCUAGGAAACAAAAAGAAGUGAAGAGAAGAAGUAUGGAGAUCGAGAGCAAACUCGAAAAGUCCAAAAGUCUAGCCGCGCAGAGGCAGAGUCUCACCGACGUCAGAGAAACCUACGAGAAGAGAGCUUUGGAAGAGAGGAAGAGCUUCGAUUCAGAAGUGAGAGAGGUUAAAAGAGAGGGAGAGAAGGAGAAGGCUAGAUCGACGGACGAGAUUGGUGCGAGCGAGACGAAGAGAGUCAGUGCUGAGAUCAGUAGGAUCGAGUCCAGGUCGCGGAGUAUGGACGAUAAGGAUCGACUGGAUCGAGCCAUUCGGGAUUAUUCCAGGUCCAGCUCAAUAGAUAAGAGUUCCAUCGAGAUAAAGCCAGCUGUGACACCAACUCAGCCAUCACCGUCUCAAGCGGUAACAGUUGUCUCAGUGAGCGCUGAACCUAACUCUUUGGAUGCGGUCCCUUGCGGUCUCGUCACCGUAACCACGACUCAUCCUCCCGUGCUUAGCACAGGCGCCAGGCUGCCUCCGAAUGCAGUGACGAUAUCUAGCACCCCGCCCAUCAAUGAUGAGGUGGUGGUGGUGGGGGGUUCGGCCAGCGUCGUCACCACCGCCACGGGCUCCUCAUCCGACGACGACUGCUUCGCGCCUUCGUCUCUUGACUCGCUGGACUGCACCACAUGCUACACGGAGAAGAGUAGAGGCCGUCGCCUGGACAGCAGUGAAGUGCUGAUCCUCAGCCCUGGAGCUGGUGAUUCGGGUCUUGGGUUCGACGAUUCCCAUAAUCUCAAUUUGGACACGUCCCAUGUCUCGGUGGUGACAGUUGGGGCAGAAGAAGUGCGGGUUCGCGAUUCGGCAGCGACGCAUAUAGCCCUGCCGCACAACGACCACGCUAGCAGAUUGAGUCCUGAUAGCUUUGAAAGUCGGCGCUCCGACAGUGGUUCCGGAAGGUCGGAGAGAUCACGUCGUGGUGAUGCGGAUUCUUUGGCGACGACGGCAUCACAUGACUCCCCGCACCUGAAUGGUGGUGGGCGGGUAAAUAAAGACAGUCAGAGCAUAGAAGAGAAUGGAGAAGUGGAAGUGGUAUUGAGAAGGAAACCGCAAGAGAACGUCAAUAGGAUACAGAGGUCAAAAGAAGACAUACAUAUGGCGAAUCUGAAGAAGAAGACUCGGAAACGCACGAGGAAGUUUGAAAUUGACGGCGUUAUCGUUACUACUACGACUCAUAAGGUGAUAUGGGGCGACGAAGAGAGCGGUCGCACGUGGGACGACCACGCCCUGCGCAAACAGGAGUUGCGCGAGAUCAAGAUGCUGCAAAAGCAGGAGCAGAAGCAGUUCCAGGACCUCAGCGCCAAGGAGGCGCAGCUCAGGGAGCAGCAGGACAAGAGGUUCGAAGCGGAGUUGGCUUCCCUGUGUCGAGCCCACGAAGCAGAUCUGGAUACGUUGGCUCGCGCUCAAAGGGCGGCUGCCGAACGGGCUGAGCAACAGCUGGAGGCAGAGUUGCGCGCCCAAGCGAAACGCCUUCGUGCUGACCACGAAAGGGAUCUUCGGCAUUUUAGGGAUACCCUCAAACAGGAGUUGCGGCUGCUGAAGCAGGAAGUAGAACUAGUCGCAAAGGACCGUCGCAAAGAGGCAUAUAGGCAGCGACGGACGCGCCUAGACGCCGAGCACGCAGCUCGCGAGCGCGCGUACGUCGCCUCAUUGGCCGAGAGCGGAGACGCCGUACUAAGACGCGUACACGCCACGCACCGCGAGAGGCAGGCCUUGGCCGAUAGGCAGCAUUUGCAGCAGAGGCAGCAGAUAAUGCGGACACGAGAGGCAGCACUCUGGGAAUUGGAAGAGAAGCAAAUCCAUGAGAGGCAUCAGCUGGCGAAACGACAGCUGAAAGACGAGUUCUUGCUCCGACGGCAUCAGAUGCUGGUCAGGCAUGAUAAGGAGUUGGAGCAGAUUAAGAGGAAAAAUCAACGCAAAGAAGAGGAGUUGGCGAAGUGCCAGGCGUUGGAGAAGAGAUCUCUUCCCAAACGUAUACGUGCGGAGCAGAAGGCGCGAGAGAUGAUGUUCAGGGAGUCUUUGAGAAUCGGUGCCGCUACUCAUAGUCAUGAUGAUGAGAGGGAAAGGCUUAAGAAGUUCCAAGAGAACGAGAAACGUCGUUAUCGAGCUGAACAGCAAAGGCUGGCGACGAAGCACGCGAAGGCCAGGGAGGAGCUGAAGGCUGCUGGCGAGGCGUUACUCCGCGAACUGGAGCAAUACCAGAAUGAGAAGCGCAAAGCGCUGAUGAAUCAUGAGAGCAAUAAGAUGAAGGCGAUCGAGGAGCGGUAUGGGCUGGAGUUGAAGGAGUGGCGCGCCACUUUGGGAGACAGGAAGCAGAAUCUUGUCGAAGCCUUCAAAAAGCAACUCGACGAUCACGAGAACAAAUUCGGCAUUGCCAUACCGGACCGGGAGGGUUACCUUAACGUACCCUGGCCGAAGAACGUCUUGCAGCACGUGCUGUCCACUUACCACCAUCGGAACUCGUUCAUCGGCUCCCUUUCGCGCUCCAGGACCAGCCUCAACUUGGCCCUGUCCAACGCGAACACGCCCAACAUGGAACGCAGGAGUUCCUCUCCCAAUCGUCUCACGAAAUCCGCGGCCACCAGCGCCACUAACACCGCCAAACGUGGCAGACUGACCAAGGCCCAAAAGUUUGGAUCCACGUCCAAUCUGAAACUGGUCUCCGAGAAGAUAUCAGGAUUCUCCGUGUUUAACAAUGACGAGACCAAACGUCUUCCGAUAAUGGCGUACGAUGAUAUUCCGCGGGAGAUUGAGGAGGAGCCGAAGAGACUGGAGCGUUCGAAGCCGGUUCAGAAGAAACUGAACAGGCAGAGUUUGAGUGAGCAGCUGUUUAAGGAAGUGAACGAAACGAUGAAACGGAGUAUGUCCCAGCAGAGUUUGAAGGAUGUCAGCAUGGAGGCGGUGAUGAUAGAUAUGCCGUCGCUGGAGGGGAGGGAUGAUAGCAGUGAUGAUGAAAGGCAUUUCAGCAGGUGGGGCGCGGUUAGGGGGUCGAAUAGCUAUGCGAACGCUUCGGGCGUGCCGGUCAGUCAAUUGUCCACUCUGAAUUUGAAGACUCAAGUCAAUAAAGCCAAAAGUCCGGAUUCUGUUGCUUGAGACGUAAAAGUCGUAAUAAAAUUGUUCAGUAAAAGAAUCCCUUUUGAAACAAAAAAUGUUUUCUGUCUCUUUCUGUCACAGCGUAAACACGUACUCGAUGUACGUGUACGUAAUUGGGAUUUCAUAUUGCGGGUAGUUUUAAAAAUUAACUAAAAUUUGUCAUAAAUCGCGGUUUUUUUAAUUACAAAUAGAGAUGGUUUUGUAAAUGUUUUAAACAUAUUAAAUAAUUAUGAUUUCGCGUGUCAAGUAAUGUGAUAACUGACCAUAGACAAUGCUGUAUAUAUGAAUAAUCAAAUACAGUGGUUCAACUACGCCAACACACAACAGGGACAUUAAUUGUGACGAAAUUAUCAAUUUUCCAUCCACGCCCUAAUAAAUUCUAGUAUACAUUAUCAAUUAAAAAUUAAUUACAGAUAGUAUUAAUUAGUAUCCAAAUUUAAAGAAGAUGCCAUGUACGAUGCCAAUCGUUUAGUAUAAGAUUCGAUGUUGCCUUGUAAAUUUUUAUGCUUCCGAGUUUGUGCCUAAAUAGUGUAAAUGCAUUUAUCAUGGCAGACAUGAAGUGUUCGGAGAUGAGAAACAUUUUCAGUUGAGAGUACUUACGAAUGUCACAUAGAUGUUUUUGUCUCACUCUUUGAAAGAUAGGCAGGGUUUUAUAUAGAUGUAGUUAAUUAUUCUUAAAAGUGUGAUCGCUAUUUCCCUGAUCACAGGUCUAAAGUUGGCAUUAAAGCAUUAUAUUUGUAUAUCUGUCGCAGUAAAGUAGUUGAAUCACAGAGUCAAUUGAAUCUCUAGACAGUUGAUUAAAGAUCGGUAUUUAAUCAAGUCGCUAGAAUUUUUUAUUUAAAUAAAGCGUCGAAAACGUUUAAGUAUCUGUCUGACUGAAAGCCAGCGUGUUCAUUUAUAAUGUAAAACAAGAUGGCGGUCACGACAACAUUAGCAGCAUUACUUUUAGAAUUUUCUCGGUCUUUGUUGACAUUGUAAACAUGUUGUAGACUCCGCCAUGAUUAUUUCUGUGUGAUCGUGAAGAACUGAGAGCUUGGAAAUUCCGUGUUUUGUUUUAUUGAAAAAGGUUAGGUUUUGCUUAGGAACAUUUAGGAAACUCAAACGUUUCGUUCAGGCACUUGUCUGACGGAAUUUUAGCGACUUGAUUGAAUAUCGAUCUUUCAUUAACUGUCUAGAGAUUCAAUUAACUCUCUAAUUUAACUACUUUACGGCGACAUAUCUACGACCGUCCAUCGUUCCACAACUGAGCGUUUUUUUAUGCAGUUUUUGGCACCACUAUGUGGAACCAACUGCCUUAUAUUAGGCCUUUAUUAUAUAGGGCCUUUCAAAGGGCUUACCAAUUAUUAAAAAGCCUGUAGUACACUGGCGAAACCUCUGGCUUUUGACAAUGGACAGUAUUAACAUUCGAUGAAUGGGGUCGUUAUAAAAGCUUAUCUCCUAUAAACAAAAGCUUUUCAUAUCAUAUUUUUCAGCUUAAUACAAAAUAACUUGUCUAUAGGAGAUACAUCCGUUUAAAAUCUGUGCUCGUAUUUUUUAUACGUGUACGUCUACGUAAAACACUGAUCGCACGACCGUUUAUAAAUAAGUAUUAUAUCACAAAAGCAAACUUAAUAAGAAAAAAAUAUUUUUUCUUUUUGGUGCAUUAACCGAAGAAUCGUAAAAUAACAUUGGGAGAUAAGAUUUUUUUGUUGUCGUUAUCAGUGUUUACAUGUGAGACGUAACUUUCCUAUUUUAAUUAAUCUCUAAAGAAUAAUGACCACAGAUGGAAUUGAUUAAAAAUCUACAUACUAGUACCACCCUGCCUACAUAUAUACUUCUGUAAUCGACCGAGUCGAAACAGCGUUGAUUGAGGCAUCGUACUCAGAAGACUUCCUGUCUUCCAUGGACGUUUUAUUUAAAUUUUUUAAGAAUAUUUUACAUUAUAAUUAGUCUUAAUAUAUAUGCAUAAAAUAAUCACACUAACACACAGAAUUUAACACAUUUAAGUUAAAAUGUGUUAGAGCGGGGCUCUAAGUAAUCACUGAAAAUGUCGCAAUUCGUAGUUUUUCUACGAAAAUUCCAGGAAAAUCAAGUGAUUAUUUUUAUGAAUAUACAAAUUUCUGAGAAUUUUUGAGAUACUGCUCGCUUUAACCAGCAAGCAAGUAAAUACCCUCUUACUUAUAAACGCCUCUGAAGUUUAUUGAUUAAGUAGAAUCAUGCUAUUGUCGAAUGUUAAAAUUCUUAGUACUUUGAGAUAUUGGAUCUCUGAGGUAUGGAUUUAUUAAAUUGGGUUAAGGCCCAUGUAUUAUUAAGUAAAUUUUAAACAUGGUUUAGAGGCGUACCCGCCUCUAAACCGUUUAAAGUUCAGUUGGUUUUGACCCAAAGUUUUCGACAAGCGUGACCCACUAACGAUGUGUGAAGUGAUUCGUUUGGAAAUAGUCUCUUUUUGUGUAAUAGCGAUUUAGUCUCAAGUCACUGGUUUGACACAUCACUUUUAGACAAGUGUGACCCAUUAACGACAAAGUGAUUAGCGGGUCACGACUGUCGAAUAGUGAUUUUGACUCAAGUAUAGGUAAGGUGGUAUAUUUAGACAUCUUGCCAAAAUUAUAUUACCCAAAUGUUAGGCUAAAUAAUUGUUUUUAUAUAUGUUAUUAAAGAUAUAGCAUUUAAAAUCUAAAUCACUUUAAUAUAUUCCUCAUAGAUUU